GGACUAUUAAUUAUUUACCCAAUUUCUAGUAGCUUCGGAGUUAGAAUGAAUAAAUUUUGAUAUUUCGGACUACUUUGUAAUUUGUAGUUUGUCUCUACUACAAACAUCUGCGCCUCUACGCCGCCGAACAAUCAUCUACGUCACGCAGCGCCCAAGACGAACUUUUCUGCAUAUUGCGGCCGUCUUCUCCUUGCCGAAACGGUCAUCCUAUAACUGCCCGGACCCUGUUUUGCUGCUACACCCUGGCAAACCGUGUUCGAGCCGCGGCAACGCCUAUAUGGCCACCACAGAGUGUGCAACCGAGUCCAUUGACUCAAUAACUUUCAGUUUCUUAACAUAGCAUAGUUUUGUAAAGAUCACAAAUCCCAGAUUGCUUGAUCUUGUGGAGAGGCCUGUGCCUGGUGGGCUAUACGAUGCAGCACUGGGACCACUAAAUGAGAGGACAAUAUAUAUUUCUGCUAUAUUUAUAAAAGAAAAAAAUGUGCACACAAGUUUGUGACUUGAUAUUCAUACUUUCAAAGACUAUGAAUCCAUGUGCAAAUUAAUUUGUGCACACUAGAACUUCUGAAUUUUUUGGUUCAAGUGACGCUUGUGUUUUAUAUCUGCCUAAAAUUGGCGGAUUAGAUUUGUUAUUCAGUGCUAGUUAUACUAAUUGGUUGUUAAUUGAUGUUUCAAUGAAGCAGAGCAUGAGAUUUUCCUUUGAUUUUAUUGAUUAUAAAAUGUUUCUGUAGUGGACAAUUCUCCAUAUGAAGUUCCUGGACUAGUGGUGGGUGAAACCUUCGUGGGCCACAUCCCUUGCCUGCAUCCCAAUCCCAAUUAUUUCUUGUUCUUUGUGUGAACUGAAAGAACCUGAAAUUUGUAUUGUAUAAGUGGGUUGGCAUUUCAUGGAUAAAACAACUGGAACUCAUCAUAAAAGGUGAUAGCGUUGGGGCUAAGAUAUUAGAUACAGUCUCACCAAAUGAAGCCUGACAGUGAUGGUAGCCAUGAAUCUUGUUCUACAAUUCAUUGCGGAGCACAUUGUCACAAUGUUGAGCAUAUGAAGCUGCAAGGAUGGACAUCCCUUCAGUUUUUAAGAAGUGUAAGAACUGUGAGAAGGCAAAUCCUAACAUUACCAAACCUAUCUUUGGAUGGUUUCACAUGGUAUAUUGAGUGGUAUAUCAGAUGCCAGUAUUAGAGCAAAUGUGAUAAGAGCCAAAAUGCUAGGAGGGCCAUUAACUCGUGAAAGUGAAGGGAUGAAGGAUGUAGAGGAUACUGCUGAACCUCCAGAAAACCAUGAUAUUGGUAGGAAGAGGCAUAAGAGAAUAGGUGGGCAAGUGGCUCUUGAGUUCACCAAGCAGAAAAGUAUUUUUUUUCCGUGCAACUUUUAUCAUCAAAGGUAUGCUUCGUUGCGGCAUUGGCAAGUGCCUUUGUUUUAUGUCUUGGCUGAUGUAAUUGACAUGGGUUUUCCUGUGUGAUAAAACACAUUCUGAUAAGAAAAUGUGUUGUAAAAAAAUUUUUUUUAUUGGAAACUGUAUUUCUAAACUUACUUAUUGCAGGUUAAAGAUGUAUUAGACCUUUUGUGGGAAAAUGAGAUCUGUCUUUGUUCAUAACUGACCUUCUGUGGCAAGGAUUUGAAGAGAAAAUGGCAGGGCCUUCUAUGUUCUUUUUAUUGACUAUUUUAGUACCUCCCAUCAAAUUCUAGCCGCCAACAAAGGGAGGUGAUUCUGUAAGUACUUAUAGAAAUUCUUGACUCUGGGAGAAGCACUUAUCAUAAAAAUACGGGAGAAUGGUUUGGUAGUUGCAUUUCCAUUAAAAUCGUUUCAAUGUCAUGGCAGUCACUUGGGAAGUUUCAAGUGAACGAUGCUAGAUAUUUUUACACAUUUAAAUUAACAAAGAGAAGGUCUGUGUGCUUUCUAAAUGCUGUUUGGGAAGGAA